CAGAGAGAGGGCCAGAGAGAUCCUGUUUCACCCAAGAGAUAGAAUUUCUGGAUCCCAGGCGUCUGCUGAUCAGUAUCCUUCCUGCCAGUCCUCCUGUGGACCCUGGGACCAGCACAUCCCUCCCGCUAUGGACAGCUGACCCCACCGAAGCUGCAGAGGCUCACACAGACCGAGAUACACCUUCCCCUCCUUCACUCCUCUGGUUCCAGCAGGCAGCAAAGACUGGGGGCCUCCAUGCUGCUUUCCUGACUCCCUAGAAUGGAUGUGUGUGGUUGGAAAGAAAUGGAGGUUGCUCUGGUCAAUUUUGAUAACGCAGAUGAAAUCCAUGAAGAGCCAGGCUAUGCCACAGACUUUGACCCAAAAGGCCGACCUAGUAGCAGUCCCUUUCCCAGCUGGAGAGUUCUCAUCAGUGACGGCACCAACCUUGAAACUGCCUUCUCCAAGGUUCCAGGAGAGUUCGUGGAUCCCCCAGGGCCUGAGCCAGUGGUCUUGAAUGAAGGAAACCAAAGGGUGAUCAUUAAUAUUGCUGGGCUGAGGUUUGAGACUCAGCUCAGAACUCUCAAUCAAUUCCCAGAGACACUCCUGGGAGACCGGGAGAAAAGGAUGCAAUUUUUUGACUCCAUGAGAAACGAAUACUUCUUUGAUAGAAACCGACCUAGUUUUGAUGGAAUCUUAUACUAUUACCAGUCUGGUGGGAAAAUAAGGCGGCCAGCCAAUGUGCCCAUCGAUGUUUUCGCCGAUGAGAUCUCCUUUUACGAAUUGGGGAGCGAGGCCAUGGACCAGUUCCGGGAGGAUGAAGGCUUCAUCAAGGACCCUGAAACGCUGCUACCGACCAAUGAUUUCCACCGGCAGUUCUGGCUUCUCUUCGAGUACCCCGAGAGCUCUAGUGCCGCGCGAGGCGUGGCUGUGGUCUCGGUGUUGGUCGUCGUCAUCUCUAUCACCAUCUUCUGCCUGGAAACACUCCCAGAGUUCCGAGAGGACAGGGAGCUGAAGGUAGUCAGGGACCCCAGUAUCAACACGAACAAAACGGGCCUCUCCCAGACCAUGUUCACCGACCCUUUCUUCAUGAUAGAGUCCACCUGCAUCGUGUGGUUCACCUUCGAGCUGGUGCUCCGGUUUGUGGUCUGCCCCAGCAAGACAGACUUCUUCAAGAAUAUCAUGAACAUCAUCGACAUCAUCUCCAUCAUCCCCUACUUCGCAACCCUCAUCACAGAGCUGGUCCAGGAGACAGAGCCGAGUGCCCAACAGAACAUGUCCCUGGCCAUCCUGAGGAUCAUCCGCCUAGUAAGGGUCUUCCGCAUCUUCAAGCUCUCCCGCCACUCUAAGGGGCUGCAGAUCCUGGGGCAGACGCUGAAGGCUUCCAUGCGGGAGCUGGGGCUGCUCAUCUUCUUCCUCUUUAUAGGGGUCAUCCUCUUCUCCAGCGCCAUCUACUUUGCUGAAGUGGAUGAACCGGAAUCCCAUUUCUCUAGCAUUCCUGAUGGCUUCUGGUGGGCUGUGGUCACCAUGACAACUGUAGGUUAUGGUGACAUGUGCCCAAUCACCCCAGGAGGGAAGAUUGUGGGUACUCUGUGUGCCAUUGCCGGCGUCCUCACCAUUGCCCUCCCUGUACCUGUCAUUGUCUCCAAUUUCAACUACUUCUAUCACCGCGAGACCGAGAAUGAGGAGAAGCAAAACAUCCCAGGAGAAAUUGACAGAAUCCUAAACAAUGUGGGCUCCCCAAUGGGGAGUACCGACUCUCUUAACAAGACCAAUGGCAGCUGUUCCACAGAGAAGUCCAGGAAGUGACCGACCCGGGAGUCUCUGAAUCUCUGUCUCUCUCCCUCCUCUCUGUUUUCCCCAAGAUGAAAAUUAUGCUUUGUGGCCAACAGGCCAUCUCUGACUGUGUGAGCUGCUUUAAUAAAUCCAUAUUUCU